UGUGGACUGUGUGGUAUGUCUGGAUUAUUUAAACAAGUGAUUCAGUAAUAACAAUAUUAUAUUUUCUAUCUGUGGACUGUAUUAUGUCUGGAUUAUUUAAAAAAGCGAUUCAAUAAUAACAAUAUUAUAUUUUCUAUCUGUUGACUGUGAUGGUAGGCUAUAUUUGAGUUAUUUAAACAGGAGAUUCAAUGAUGAUAAUAUUUUUGUGAUAAUACUGUUGUUUUAUAUUUACAUAUAAGAUAGAUCUAUCAAAUUGACUUGAGGCUGUGAUUGAUGGUGAUUGAGUUGUGAUUCUGACAUACGCUCGUAUUACAGGGUUUAGUUCAUUAUAAAUAGUUCGUUUGGCCUAAUGGUAUAUAUAUUUUUUAAAUGUACAUUAGUCUAUUCACUGUAACCUUCGCUGUAGUAUUUACUAUUUAUGGUUUACUGUGAUUGUUAGAGUUGUAUUACAAACUGAAGGUUUCUAGAGUACUUGUGUUUUGUUAUAUAAUACAGUAUUAUUUCUCUAUCAGUAUUAUUUAUCUUGAAAUACAAAGGAAGUGAUAAUAAUACUCUUGAUCCUUGAUUUGUUUACUGUUUGUAAACAUGGCUGCUAGAACUAAAGUUGCUUUAAAAAAGGGAAAAGCAAACAAGAGGAUAAGCAAACCAAGUGAAGUGAUUGAGAUGAUUGUGUUUUUGAGAGACAGAACUGGGAUACAUUUUAAUUUAGAAGAUGGCCAUCUUGCACAAGCUGAUGAUCUGUUAGAUCUUGUUAUUGACGAAAAGAAUUUACCAGAUAUAGCUAAACAAGCUUUUGCUCUGUGGAUAGUUUCUGAUCUUUUAGAUUUACGUAUGAAAAGAAGUCAUCAUCCGUAUCAUGUAGUAGAGAAAUGGGAUGAAUUAUGUGUUAUUUAUACAGGAGCUGAAUUUGAAGAUAUUGUUAAAUCGGAACCGGUAUUAAUGGUACAGAGAGACGUUUUCUUUACUCUAGAUCAAGAGAGAAAUAUAACUAAUGAACAGAUGUUGUGUCUAUUAUAUCAUGAAGCUAAAUUUAAUGUAAUAGAAGGAAGAUAUGUUUUAUAUCCUGAAGAUUACAAUAGAUUAGCAGGAUUACAGGCCUUAAUCCAUUUGGGAAAAUAUGAUCCUAAAGAACAUGUUCCAGCUCGUUACAGAUCAUCCAUUAUACAAUUCUACCCUGAACAUAUGUACCAGAAACAGAAGUUUUUAUUUUUUACCACAUCAAAGAAUAACGAAGGAGUGGAAUGUGAGGAUUUGAUGAGAGGAGCACAUCAGGAAUUAUCUAAUGAAUUUGCUGAUCUAGAUAUACCUAAUAAUCUAAGUCUGCUCUAUCAAAAAUAUCUAGAUGUCUGUCGUACAUAUCCUAUGUAUGGGAGUGCAUUUUUCCAUGGUCAAAUAGAAAGGCCAGUGAAUAGAUUUAAGAGAAUGAUGAAUAUUGGUACCAGUGUAAAAUGUUUAAUUGCCAUCAAUACAGAUUGUGUUACUUUAAUUGAUAAAGAAAGUCGUGUGGUAUUAUUAACAGUACCGUUUACACAGUUGUCAUGGCGAUAUAAAGAAGCUGAGUUUGAUGUAGAUGAUGAAACAAUGGAUUGUUUAUAUUUACAAUUUUUAUAUGAUUGUCCACAACAAGGACAGGUUACAAAAUUAUUAGAAGUCUAUUCAAAAGAGGCUAAAUUAAUGGAUGCUUUAAUAUCAUCAUGUGUAAAACGUAAACUAGAUUUAGGUGUUGAACCAGAAGAUUUUGUUGAUGGUCGUGUUACAUCAGAUUCUGAUAACAAUAUGAAAGUGAUACAUAAAAUGGAUAAAUUAUGUUGUGCCACAUAUACAGUACAGGGAAAUAGAAUUGAUUGAUGCGCUGCUAUCUAAUUCUCAACUCCUGCAUGUUCUGGUUAAUCUACUCUACUAAGCAACAUUAGCCAGUCUCAAAGCUUGAACUGUGAUAUUUCAUUAUCAUUCCUUUUUGUAUUUACAUAUCUAUGGACUGGUGCCAGUUUCUGUUUGACUUAAUAACAACAGUUUCAAAUACAUAUGCAAUAUGGAAUGCCACUAUUGCCAGCUUCUGACGUUUUUAAUCAUUUUCUGAUCAUUCUAUUAACUCAGACAAUUUUAUGAGAUAUUAGAACUAUCUCCAUGUUCCCUGUGUAUUACCCUGAAAAUACUAGUCCGAAACUUGUAUUGGUGGAAGCUUUAAUAUUAUUAUGCCAUGUAUUUCUUUUCUCUAUAUGGAAUAGAUGACCAUAAGAAGGGCUUGCCAAACAGAUGGUAAAUACAGUAGUCAUCUAUUCUACUCGCACAUAAGUAGCCAUUUCCCAUCACCAUUGUUGAGUGGUGAAGGGUUUUAGGAACAAACUACAACUGGAGACUUGCUUUUUAAAUAAAAGGAACCAAUAUAUGUUACUAUUAAAACAUGUUACUACUAAAAUGACAACAAAAUUGUCUAUAUCCACUUCAGUCAUGAUUACACAAAAUUGAUAAAGAGCUUCGGCCUGAAAAUGGUCUGUCAGUACAUGUCUAAAAGUAUUUUUUGAGUAGAAGUCGGAAGUAUGUAACAAGUUACUUAAUCCGCCAAUAAAAUUAAAGGAAGUGUUUCACGCACCAUAUCGAACUCAAUUCAGUUUGGAUUUUUAUUACGAGAUAUUCCAUUAUUUUUUAUUAUAUUAUUUUUAUAUUUGGCAUGCGCACAAGUAGUUGCUCGCGUUUCAUGGCAAGCCCUGAUAAGUCAUAAUGGAAAUAAUAAGCCUCCAAUAUACAAAUACAACAAUUUUGGUCCCAUAAUGUACAUAUAGUUUGUUAUAACUGUCUUAAAGGGUAAGGGGGUUGGGUGACUGAAUGGUUUAACAUGUCAGCUUUAUAUCAUAAGGUCUGACAGUGAAUCUACGUGGCAUGGUUUUGAUUCCCCGUUUCUAUGUUACAAUGAGUAGGGUCGCAUGAUUUGCUCCAAGUUAUCUGCUUUCCUCCCACACGUAAAGAACCCUAUGAUAUAAAAUGGAAGCAUAUGUUAGACCCGAAAUGAACUAGUUUAUAUUAUUUGAAUGUUAAAUAAAAUGAAAUGGGGUUUAACGUCCUACUGGUCUGCUCAAACUGGGCUAAUGAAGACGGUUAAACAAUAAACCCAAUUUCUCUCUCCUAAAGGGUAAAAUAUUCCAGUUCUUGUAGAUUAAAUACUUUGUGAAAUAGAAUCAAACAGUUUUUUUACUUAAAGAGUCGUAUUAUUGACACAUUUGCUUAUAAAUUGAUCACAUUUUUUCUAUGCUUUAUAAACCAAUUUACAAUUAUAAAUCCACAUUUAUUUCCUUACAAUGUCAUUGUUGUCUUUAUGUUUUCGAUAAAUUUAAAUGGCUUUACAUUAUUUGACAACCACAUAUUAAAUUUAUAUUGUUCAGUCUGAUAUUAUUGUUUUGAUUGAAGCUAUACCAAGUGCUUUUCCAAAUAAACUUACAUUGUUUAAUUUCUUAGCAUGGUCUCUUUUAAAUAUAUUUUAUUACAAUUUAUUUGUAUUGUUCCUCAAUAUAUAUUGAUCUCUAAUUGUAAAUUUUGUAAAUAUUUGUAAAUAUUAAAAUUAUGUGUUUUAUUGCAAUUUAGAUUUAUUUCAUUUUCAAGUUUCAUAUAGACUUGAGGAUAAAUCAAAUAGCAUGACUUAAAGAUACAUUAUGGGAUAUAAGAUAAAGAGAUGGCAAUUCUCACUAUAAUAGUUAAAAACUAGAUAGUGUAAAGGUAAUUUGCUGAAAAUUUCAGUGCAUUACUCGUGAAUAUAUAUAUAUAGAAAGUUAAAUAUGCAAAACUGAAUCAUAACUCAACAUAAGGAUGAAUCCACACAGAUCCCACUUUGCCAAUCCCAAAAAUAGAAUGACUCCACUAAGCGAACAUUUGGAUAUAUGUGGAAGAGGAAAUUUUUGGGUAUUCCCCUUACAUAAACUGGUCCGACAAUAAUUUGCUAGAAAAUAAAGAACAGCAAUUUAUUUCACUAGAUGGAGUUUUGAAAGCUUAGUUAUGACAUAGUGUUAGUUCUAAAGUAUAAAUGACACAGACAAUGCGGUCAUUUAAUACCAUCGGAAGAAAUCUAAAAUAAAUUAGACAAAAAUGUAUCUGCAUGUAUGUUAUUUUUUUUUUUUGGUAUUUUUUUAAUGUCUUAGCUAAUAAAUCUGUUUAGUGUAUUGGAGUUUUCAGACUACUUCAUUAAUAAUUCAUAAUUGUUAAGUAUUCAACUGACUUCAGUAAUAAAUAUAUCCUUAUUGUUUAUUCAAGUUUACAUAUCAUUUUAAUAUUUUUAUUCAGUAACGAGAAUUAUUGUAAUUGCCACCACAUCAUGACAACAAAAAUUAAUACAUAUAUAAUGCUUAAUACAUAUUUUUUCUUUAAAUAAAAAAUUAUUCACGGGUCACAAUUGUCCUAUUUCUUAUAUAAAUAGGCUUUUAUAAAUUGCUCACAAAAGGCACAUCUGUUGAUACAGCACACAGUUUAUAGAAUAUAUUAAUCUUCACAAGGUGCGGACUGGCCCUCAAACCAUCGGACCUUUUUCAAAAUAAAUAAAAUUCACCUUCCAUCAACUCAAAAAUAUAAUGGCCAAAAUCCGAGAAAAAAAAUGAUCUAUGUAAAAUACGGGAAAGUUGAGUCACUUUACCUUAGCCCAAGGAAACCAGAUGGUUGAGGGUCCAGAACUACCCAGUUCGCACAUGGUUCUUUAAAAUAAACUUAUCCUUCCAGUUGGAAGGAAUUAAGCCUUAAACUGAUUGUAGAUAUGCUUUGUCAAUCAUACUAAAUGUGGAUGUUUAAAUGAUAUGCCUUGCAGCCUUUAAUUGUUUAGGUUUUUUUUUGUACUUUGCAUUUUUUAAACAGAUCUUUUGAUAUAUAAAUAAAAAUAUACAUAUGUGAAUGUGAUGAAA